AUGAAAACCAAUACCCAGACCUCCUUUGCAAACGCUGAUCCUACUCCUGCUGCCGACGGUAUCCCUUCCUUCUUUCAGCGAACACUAACACGGCAUACUGAUUUGCCGUCGAAGUUCAACGCAGCCAAACAGACUCCCUCCCAAGUAGUCGAGAUGACCAAUAUCCUACAACAUGCCGAUGCACGCGUAGUCGAGAUCUUUCCUCCUACCAGCACGCAGACCCAGUUGCCCCGGGAAAACGAGAUGACCUUUCCUCCUCCAAAGCGGCACUGGCGGCACUGA